GCGCCUACAGGCAAGGGAGGGUGCGCGCAGGCGCACGUGAAUGGGAGCGUCCCUCGCCAAGAUCCGCGGAACGGGCGCUCAGAAGUCAUUUCCGGGAAAUUGGAGCCACGCUUUGUGGGCUGCAACAUGGAGGCAUCUAGUGGAACGGAGGAGCCGGUUUCCGGGGAGCUGGUGUCAGUGGCACAUGCUCUUUCUCUCCCAGCCGAAUCUUACAGCAACGAUCCUGAUAUUGAGAUGGCUUGGGCCAUGAGAGCAAUGCAGCAUGCUGAAGUCUACUACAAGCUGAUUUCAUCAGUUGACCCACAGUUCCUGAAACUCACCAAAGUGGAUGACCAAAUCUAUUCUGAGUUUCGGGAAAAUUUUGAGAAACUCAGGAUAGAUGUAUUGGACCCAGAAGAGCUCAAAUCAGAAUCAGCUAAAGAGAAGUGGAGACCAUUCUGCUUGAAGUUUGACGGGAUUGUAGAAGACUUCAACUAUGGUACUUUGCUGAGACUGGAUUGUUCUCAGGGCUACACUGAGGAAAACACUAUCUUUGCUCCCAGGAUACAAUUUUUUGCCAUUGAAAUUGCUCGAAACCGGGAAGGCUGUAACAAAGCAGUUUAUACCAGUGUUAAGGACAAAGAAGAGAAGGGAGCCAAUAAUGGAGGAGAGAAAGGAGCUGACAGUGGAGGAGAAACAGAGAAAGAAGCCAACAAAGAAAUCAACAAAAGUGGGGAAACAGCUAUGUAAGGUAGACAGGGAACAACAUACUAGAAGCCGUGACUCAACUGAGCCUACAAGUACCAUGAUGCUACUUGCAAAGACCCCUUGUGGUUAAAUGUAUGUCCUUGUGCAAUUGAAGGACAUCUUUCUAGCCUCAUAAUCAGGAGUUGCUCUGGUUGUUCUCUUGCAUGAACUAGCUUGAAGACUAUUAAUGGUGUCUUAGUUAAUUAUUUCCUGGUAUAUAGUUUCUUGGUUCUCACCACCAGUUGAGUAAGAGAUUUUGUAAAUAAAUUUCUCGUGGUUCUUAUGGCUAGAUAUCUGUGAUUGACUUUGAAAAAGUAUUUAAAAUUAUUUGACACUUUACUUUUUUUUUCAGGUAUAUAAUCUUUUCACCAUGUCUUAUAUAAAAUGAUUUAUGCCUGUUUCUUAAUGCUUCUCACUGUUUCCUGUAGUGAAUUUCCCUCAAACCUGUUAAGUUGUACAUGGUUUAAGAGUUGACUCUUGCCAUUUGAGUGACUAUAGCUUUCUGAUUUUCUGUGAUAUAUCUGGCAAAAGAUUUGAUAAAUGCUCUGUGGGGAUAAUAGCAGCAGCCUGAACCUGUCAGACUAGUGAACACAGCCCAGUUUACAUUAGAGGAGCCGGAGACUGGACCUGCUUCAGUACCUGCAUCUCUUCUGGUAGCCAAGCUAGCAGGAAUUAAUAAUUAAAUAUAAAGCCUGGUAGGCUGGCUUCCCUUUUAUAAUGCUAUGAACAAUAGCAUACAUUUAUACAUUAACAGAAAAUGAACAUAUUUUUAAAUGAUAUUUUGUCAUACCCCAAAAAUAGGCCAGUUGAUUUUAUAUGGUUGAGGGGGAGUUCCUUUUCAUCUAAUGACUUUUAAGAGUGCAUGUUUCAGUUAUCUUCACAUAUCUAUAAAAGUUUGUGCAUGUCCCCGUAGACAUACUGACCUUGAUUGCUAAAACUAGUUAGAAGUCACAGUAUUGAUAGUGCAUACAGUAAGUACUCUUAAAUGUCUAACUACAGUAGGAUCAUGCAAGAAAGAAUUUAGCAGAGCAGAGAAGGAGGGGGAAAUGAGGCUUUUUUUCCCCAGUGGACAUAGGAGAAAAAUAAAAAUGAAACUUAAUUGAUGAGUUGUCUCCUAGGCAAGUGCUGAACUAGAGAUGCACACAGCUAGCAGCAACAAUUGUGCACAAAAGACAGUAGGUUUCUCUGAAUUCUCCUUUGCCAGUUCUUAAAAAUAUUUAAAACAUUUGUAAGAGUUUUCAUUUUAUAAAAAUGUAUGUUUAAAGGGAUAAGAGAGUGUUAAAUACUUCAUACUAGGCAGACUUUUUAAAAUUAAGAACUUCCUUUACUGUAUUAAUUUUCUCUAGUUCACCCAUUCUUAAAUAUCUGCAAACAUGUCCAUACACAUUGCUAGAGGGACUGGGGAAGAAGAAAGAUUGCUGGCCACGUGCAGUUGUGCUUGUGGUGGCCUUUUCCAGGUUUCUCAGCAAGAAAACUGACUUAAGACUUCUCUCUGAUUUUACAGAGAAUAAGAAACAUACCUUUGAAAGUCAGACUGCUUUAAAGCAAGAGGCAUCUGUCCAAGGACUGGGGGAUAAAAACAGAAAAGGAAGGGGAAUAAUAACACAGAUGCACUGUAAGGCCAGGAAUCCAUGGCAUCAUCCAAGGUUAAAGGGGAAAGAAUGGGCAGAAUUCUUAAGACGGCCCCGAGAUUCCCACUCCUAGCAUACAUGCUCUGUAUAAUUCUCUCAUGUUAGUGUGGUAAAGACUUGUGAAUAUGAGGGGAUUUCAUUCCUGUGUUUAAGUUACUAACCAUUUGAUUUUGAGUUAAUCAAAAAGGAGAUUAUCCUGAGUGGGUCUGGCCUAAUCAGGUGAAUCCUUAAACGAGGCAAGAAGCAGCAGCAGAUGUUUUCCUGAUGGCUUUGAAGAAGUAAACAUCCAUGUUGAGAGAGAAGGGGGCCAUGUGGCAAAGACCUGAGGGUGGCCUGUGGGAGCUGAGAGUACUCCCAGGCUGACAGCCAGCAAGAAAAUGGAGAUUUCGCUCCUGCAAUUAGAAGGAACUGAAUUUUGCCAAUAACCAGUGAGCUUGCAAGAGGCCUCAAGCCUCAGAUAAGAUUGCAGUCCUGGCUAAUACUGUGAUUUUAGCCUUGUGAGACCGUGAGCAGAGGACCCGGUUAAGCCAUAUUUGGACUCCUGACCCGGAGGACUGAGAUAAUAAUGGGUGUUGUCUUAAGCCACUAAAUAUGUGGUAAUUUGUUACAGAGCAGUAGAAAACUGCUACAGACUUUGGUACUGGAAGUGGAAUGCUGCUGUAACAAGUACCUAAAAUGUGGGAGUGGCUUUGGAAUCAGGCAGUGAGUGGAGACUGGAAGGACUUUGAGGAGCAUGAUAGAGAAAGCCUAAAUUGCCUUGAACAAACUGUCAGUGGAAAUAUGGACUUUAAGGAUGCCGCUCCUGAGGGCUCAAAAGGAAGUAAGGAACAUAUUAUUGGAAACUGGAAGGUGGGGGUGAUCCUAUUGAUAGGUGGUAACAUUGUAGUUAGUUAGAGGCCAGGAAGUUUGAGAUUUGGGCCCUUGCUCUGAAUUAUUUGGGGGAUGAUAUCAGGCCAGGCUUGACAUAGUAUGUAAACAUGUAUGAUUUAUUCAGAAUAUGGUACCAUUCCAGUUGUUGAUCUCCAUGACAUCUUUUGGAGGCAGGGAAAGGGCACAGACUAAUUUUUGCAUUUACAUAAAGGGAAACUGCCGCCAUUCUGAAGUUUUAAGCCACUAAGUUUGUGUUAGUUUGUUACAGCAGCAAUAGGAAACUAAAGAAGAAAGCAUACUGAGCCCUGCUCCAAAAGUGGAGACAUUCACUGCACUGUCAUGAUUUAUUUUGAAACUAUAGUUUAAACAAGGAUAUAUUGUACCAGAUGAUUGGAGACAUGAAUUGCACCUAAAAUGGGCUUCAGUGAUUCUAAACCAUUUUGAACUUACUCUUCGAAGGAGCUUGUUAGCUGGGUCUGUGUGUGUCAGGUGUCAUUCAUAUAACGGAGAGUUCUCUAUAUGUACAAUACAGUGCUUAUUAAUGAAUAUGUGCUCAUUUGAAGCUUACAUAUAUAUUAAUAAAACUUAACAGUAACUUUAUCAAUUGACUAGACCUUAGACCAAGAAAAGGUUUUUCUGGAGAGGCAUAUUUUAUCACUGACAUUGUUUAAAAUUGCCGCAGCAUGGUGAUAAUUAAAGCAGACCAGGUGUUUUUUGGUUUCA